CUGCACUUCUACUCCAAGGAGUCGCUGGACCUCGUGCGCGUCACGGGCGUGUCUUCCGACCAGAGCGUUGUGCGCGUGCUGUGGCACGCACGCCUCAACCAGAUAUUCGCCACAUGUGGCGACAAGAAGGCGGGCGGCACGCACAUCCUCUACGACCCCACACUCAGCGAGCGUGGUGCCCUCGUGUGCGUGGCACGUGCCCCCCGCGCCGCACGCCCCGAGGACCUGUGUGCGCGCGUGGCGGCGCCCGCCAUCCGCAACCCGCACGCGCUGCCGAUGUUCCGCGACGAGCCGAGCCGCAAGCGGCAGCGCGAGAAGGCGCGCAAAGACCCCGUGGCGAGCCAGCGGCCCGACCUGCCCAUGGACGGGCCGGGGCACGGCGGGCGCGUGGGGCAGACCAAGGGCACCCUGCUCACCCAGUACCUCCUCCGGGAGGGCGGGAUGCUGAAGGAGACGUGGAUGGAUGAGGACCCAAGAGAGGCCAUCCUCAAAUACGCGGAUGCGGCGGCCAACGACCCGCAGAUCAUUGCGCCCGCCUACGCUGCCACUCAGCCCACAACGCUGUUCCACGAGUCCGAUGACGAGGACAAGGACUAG